GAGCCAACCGGAGUACCAGGAGUCGAGCCAACUGGAGUACCAGUUGAACCCACCAUGGUGCCAGUUGAACCCACUGGACAACCCACCCUUUUGCCAAUUGGAGAUGAGCCAACUGCAACUCCGACAGUCAUUACAACAGCAGAUCCAACCGCUGGAGGAACCACAAUGGAACCAACGUUUCUUCCGACUCAAGGCACUCUUGCUCCAUCUGGUGGAGAGGGAACAAUCAGGGUCAACAUUGACAUUACAUAUUUCAUUGACAAUGAAGGAGAACUCGCAAAUGUCACAUUUGCCCCUGGUGACAGCCCACCCACUGCCACAGAAGAGGAACCAGCAAUUGAACCUACAUCGGCACCAACAUUGACAGGUACAGCAGAAGGAACAGCAGCAGGUACACCAGCAGGUACACCAGCAGGUACAUCAGAAGGUACUGCUGGAGCCACGCAGGUUGACUAUGAGACCUUUGAUUGGGAAGAGCUGCCGGCAGAAGUCCGUGCAGCGGCUGAAACACUAGGGUAUGACCAGAAUUCAUGGGACAAUGAUUUGCCGGUUCCUUCCGAUGAAUUGUUUUGGGCACAACUCUCGCCUGAAGAGCAAGAAGCUGCAGCUGUAUUUGGAUAUGAUGAAGAGUCCUGGAACAACUCAAAGAGGAAGAAGAAAAAGAAGAAAGGCUUCUGGUAUGUUCGCAAGCUUCAACAACAGCACCGUGAGGUACAAGAACUUGGCAGUAAGCUUGAACAAAAGCACCGCCAGGCACAAGAACUCAUCAUGCCAACAGAUGAAGAAGUGGACACACUCAUUGAAAACACAUUUAACUUCUACAUGGAAGUAUUCUUUGAUGUUUAUGCCGACACUUUGGUUGACAUGAUUAUUCCCAUUGAAGUUCCCCAUAGCCAAGUGGAAGAUCUUGGCUACCAGAUCAGUCUUACUCUUGAUCUGACAUUCUCAUCUGUUCCACCAGAUGAUGAUGUCAUUGAAACUAUUGAAGAUGCAGACUACCAAGUAUAUGUGUCCGACUUUGUUAUUCCCUCAGGUCCAUACUUUGCGCAGACUGAUGGAGUAGCUGUGGUACCCACCAUUGUGGGUGAAGGAGAAACUGCAGCGCCCAGUGCAACAGAUCCAGGGUUGCCAGCUAUGACACCACCACCUUCUGUUGAGACUGAUUUACCAGAAACAACAGAUGCCCCCAUUACUGAUCCUCCUGUUGAAGAAACAGAUGCUCCUAUUGAAGAAACUGAAGCUCCAGGGACUGAUGCUCCCGAAACUGAAGCUCCUGGAACAGAACCUCCUGUUGAAGAAACUGAAGCUCCAGGGACUGAUGCUCCUGGAACUGAUGAGCCUGGCUUGCCAAUAAUGACUCAGGAUCCUGUGGAAACUGAUGCUCCUGGAACGGAUACUCCUGUUGAAGAAACUGAACUGAAGCUCCAGGGACUGAUGCUCCUGAAACCGAUGUUCCUGGAACCGAUCCUCCUGUUGAAGAAACUGAAGCUCCUGGAACCGAUGCUCCUGGAACUGAUGCCCCUGGAACCGAUGCUCCAGGGACUGAUGCUCCUGAAACCGAUGCGCCGGGAACGGAUCCUCCUAUUGAAGAAACUGAAGCUCCAGGGACUGAUGCUCCCGAAACCGAUGCUCCUGGAACUGACCCUCCCAUUGAAGAAACUGAAGCUCCAGGGACUGAUGCUCCCAAAACCGACUCUCCUGGAACUGACCCUCCCAUUGAAGAAACUGAAGCUCCAGGACUGA